AUGCCCGAUUUUUUUAUUCUAAGCGCGACUGAAAGAGUUGUGUCCGUGACUCCGUGGCUGGCAUCUCAAACUCCUGCAAAAUGGAUUUGGUACCAGCCCCGAAAGGGAGAGGAUUCGCUUCAGACCUCCAUGUUCGAAGUGGGGUCCGCAGACAUGGAGAUGGAGGAACAGUACAGACUGGAGGAAGAAGCGUCGUCGCUCGGGCUGCGUCCGAUGUCGUCAGAUAUCGAGUCGGGCUGGGACGAUGACGAUGCUGAUGGAUGGGAUGAUCUGUCUGACUGCGAUGGGGAGAUUCAGCUCCUACGCGAUGAGGAGAUCCGCGACGGACUCGUUCCCGAUGCCUGUACACUAGAAGAGGCGACUGCAUAUCGCCAGCGUCUGCAUGAGAUUGGCAAAGCGGCAUUCGUGGAAGAAACCAUCAUUCGUGAAACCAUCACGGCUAAAAAGCUAUGCACCGCGUUCGGAAUCGCACCCCCGGCAUUCCUUGAGGGUGCGCCCGACGAGGCUUAUCAUUCUCUUCUGGCGAUCGCGCUCUCGCGCGAGUUCUCCCGCAGGCCUAAGCUGCCUCAGUACAACACCAUCGACGAUGCUGUUCGGCUCCUUCACGAGUCCAAGAACAUCAUCGUCCUGACAGGCGCAGGGAUCUCAACCAGUCUGGGCAUCCCGGAUUUCCGUUCUAAGGAUACUGGGCUGUAUUCAAAGCUGGCGCAUUUGGGCCUGAGCGAUCCUCAGGAAGUCUUUGACAUUCAUGUGUUCAAGGAGGAUCCGAGCAUCUUCUUUUCUAUUGCAAAGGAUAUUCUCCCAAUGGAAAAGAAGUGGUCGCCCACUCAUGGAUUUAUUCGACUGCUUCAAGACAAGGGGAAGCUUUUGACCAAUUACACGCAAAAUAUUGAUAACAUCGAGGCAAACGCAGGUGUAUCUCCAGAGAAAAUUGUACAGUGUCACGGAUCUUUUGCAACUGCCACCUGUGUGAAAUGUCAGUUCAAAGUGGCUGGCGAGGCGAUCUUCGGUGAAGUUCGGGAAGGAAAUAUCCCCUACUGCACUGCCUGCAAGGAUAGAAUCGCAGCAGAAGGGCUGAAGUCGCAAGGUCUUAAGCGCAAGCGAAGCUCCAACGGUCAACAAAAGGACCGCAAGGUCUCUGACAGUUCGGAUGAGGAUGACUAUGAAAUCCCGACCCCCGGAGUGAUGAAGCCUGAUAUCACAUUCUUUGGCGAGGAUCUGCCCGAUGAGUUUGGUCAACGUCUGCUUCACCACGAUCGGGAACUAGCGGACCUGGUCAUCGUGAUCGGAACUUCGUUGAAGGUAGCCCCUGUGGCAGAAGUGCCAGGGGUUAUACCACGCAAUGUUCCGCAGAUCUACAUAUCGCGUACUCCGGUGACACACACCGAGUUCGAUAUUGAUCUCUUAGGUGACUGUGAUGUGGUGGUAUCAGAACUUUCCCGUCGGGCUGGUUGGGAUCUCCAACAUCAUAUGAUACCUGACGAUGAGAAAGUGGAUAUCACCCCGGUUGAGGGAUAUGAAUCACGACAUGUUUUCAAGGUAGUCGGUGCAUAG